AUGACACAUCCCGACAAUUUUGCAUUCACUUCGACGUCUCUAGACUCGAACUGGACGUUCAAGCAGGGCGGCCGGGACUCCACGGACGAAUAUCUUCCAGCAAAUGACUUGCCCACGGAAAUAUACCGCGAUCUGCUUAAGAAUGAAAAGAUAUCAGAUCCAUUUCAAGAUCUCAACGAAUUAUCUGUCCGCUGGGUCGGCGAUCAAACAUGGACGUAUCGCUCGACAUUUGCCGCGCCAGCGAGUUACGAAAAGCCUGGCACGGUCACGCGUCUCAAGCUUGAGGGGUUAGAUACUUUUGCUUCAGUUUAUCUCAACGAUGAACAAAUCUUGGUUUCCGACAAUAUGUUCAUAGAGCAUUAUAUCGACGUCACCGAAAAACUACGGCUUCAAAGCAACACUCUUGAGAUCGUCUUCGAGUCUGCACGCAAGAAAGGUCUCGAGCUUGUCAAAGAGCACAACAACCACCGUUUCAUCGUCCAUCAGACCGAGAUCUCGCGGGGGCCUGUCCGCAAAGCACAGUAUCAGUGGGGCUGGGAUUGGGGUCCAAUACUUAUGAGCUACGGACCAUGGAAGCCGAUCUGGUUGGAGACCUUCGUUUGCGAAAUCAAAGAGCUUUCAUUAUACUACGAGCUGUCUGCAGAUCUCAAGUCAGCACAUUUGACUGCGAGUAUCUCUUGCCUUGGGCCUGUCAAUGGUGUUAUGUUCACUAUCCUCGAAAAGGGCACGAACACAGAGAUUGCUAGCAAAUACAUCAACUCACCCGAGAGUGAAAUGUCAGUCACUGUCAGCGCAAGCUUCGAGCUGGACAAUAUUGCACUGUGGUGGCCUCGUGGAUAUGGCUCUCAAGCACUGUACAGCGUACGCGCCGAAGCACGCGGGAGAGGCCCAGGCGCAACCAACCUCCAUGGCUGCUCUCAUACCUUCGGAUUUCGGAAGGUGAAGCUGGUUCAAGAACCUGACUCCGAUGGAACGUCUUUCUACUUCCGCAUCAACAACGUCGACAUCUUCACCGGCGGUUCUUGCUGGAUCCCAGUCGACUCUUUCCUUACACGCAUCAGUGAUGAGAACUACAGGUCCUGGGUACAGCUUGCGGCUGAGGGCAAUCAGAAUAUGCUUCGUGUAUGGGGCGGUGGCAUAUACGAAGCUGAUGCACUCUACGAAGCAGCGGAUGAACUGGGCAUUAUGAUUUGGCAAGACUUCAUGUUUGCUUGUGCUAGCUAUCCAGCUUACCCAGAAUACCUGGCAAGCGUGGAACAAGAAGCAAGACAGAAUGUGCGUAGACUACGCCAUCAUCCAAGUCUGGUCAUUUGGGCGGGCAACAACGAGGACUAUCAGAUUGUCGAGCGCUACGGGUUGGAAUACGACUUCAAGAACAAGGACACAGAGGCGUGGCUGCAAACCGACUUCCCUGCGCGGUAUAUUUACGAGCACUUGCUGCCAAAUGUCAUCCAGGAUGAAUGCCCAAGCAUACCGUACCAUCCUAGCUCGCCCUUUGGCAACGGUGAGUCCAUGACACUCAACGUCGAUCCAACUGUUGGUGAUAUUCAUCAAUGGAACGUAUGGAACGGUACCGCGGAACCAUACCAACGUCUACCCGACAUGGGCGGCCGCUUUGUAUCCGAGUUCGGCAUCGAAGCUUACCCGCAUGUUUCCACACUCGAAAAAUGCAUCACCCAAAGACAAGAACGUGCACCAGGAUCCAUGACUAUGGAAUUUCGGAACAAAGCUGUCGGCCACGAGCGCAGGUUUAUGUCCUACGUCCCGGAGAACUUUCGCAUGCGCCAUGAUCUUGAAGGCUUUACGCACCUCACACAAGUGAUGCAAGCAGAUGCGAUGUCAUGGGCCUACAAAGGCUGGCGUCGACAAUGGGGUACUCCGAAGAACCGAAAGUGUGGCGGAGUGCUGGUAUGGCAAUUGAAUGAUUGCUGGCCGACUAUCUCUUGGGCAGUCGUCGACUACGAUCUUGUACCGAAGCCAGCGUACUAUGCGAUCAAAAGAGCUAUGAAGCCAGUGACGAUUAGCGUGCAGCGCAAAUUCAGGCCAUGGACAAUGCGACCUGCGGAUGAGUUGUGGCAGCGCGAUACUGGCCAUAUCGAUAUGCAGAACCUCUGGCGGAAUGGAGAAUUUGAUGUGUGGAUCACUAAUGGCACGAGAGAAGAGCUGAAAGGAGAGAUCGCUGUCAAAUGCUUUUCCGUCCGGACGGGUGAAACGAUUCGAACAUUGUCGAAGCAGGAUAUGCUCAUCGCCUCGAACGGUACGACUGAGUUUCUGAAGGACCAUGUCCUUGUUGCCGAGAAAGUACAGGGAGCGAACGAGUCAUUCAAUAUAGCUACAACAGAUCCAUAUGUCGUCCAGGUGCUGCUCUGUAUCGACGGAGUAUGCGUGGCCAGCGAUACCGCUUGGCCAGACCCGAUCAAGUAUCUGAAUUUUGACGACCGGCAACUGGACGUACGGUGCCAUGAUGACGAUUCGAAGGUAAUACUCAUGGCGGCUAAGCCAAUCAAAGGCUUCGUGUUUCGAGAGAAAAAGGGAAUGAAGUUGAGCGAUAACGGUUUCGACCUGAUGCCACACGAGUCGAAAGAAGUCGUGGUGAAAGGGUGUACAGCGCAUGAGUUGAAAUGGUUAUACAUUGGAAUGUAA